AUGUUUAUGCUACGGGCCAUGGGAAUUGAUGAUUUGAUUGCGACCAUCGGUUAUGUUAGUAGGCACCGCCAGUCAAUUCGAGUGUGGCUGUUCGUUAAUGAUUGUUCAAGGGCCUGCUCGUUGCUCUCUCGUGCAUGGAAAUUCGUGGUAUGCGAUAUUCUAGCCCGUCUACGUCCACCUAUAGCAUCACUUCAGUGACUGAUUCAGCUCUUCGUCUUCAGCCAUCAGCUAUGGGUCUGGAACCCAUAUGAACCAGGCCCCGGAGAGGAUCCCGUUAUUCUUCGCAGUACGAUUGUCGAUGACCCUCCUACUCGAUCUAUUAUAUCGCUAACGACGUUUGGAUCAAGACUCUUCCAACCUUGCAACUGAUUUUCAUUUUGGCGAUCGGGACAGUGAGAUUAUCAAUCUUAUCCUACCCACGUUUGAAUGGCGACAGUGAGUCUGAAAGAUCACAAGCUCUUCAGAGAUAAUGUGUAGGUCUGAUGUUAGAGUACAGAGGUCUUUGUCCGCUGUAUCUGGGCAGUGGCGUUCGUGACCGUUGCAAUUAGUCUCGCCGCCUUCUUUUUCUUCCUUACCGAGUGCAAGCAUAUUCCGUACGUAUACUCGCCCCUGUAUAUCCCUUCAUAGGUGCGCCAGUGCUAAUAGACUUUCUGGAAUAGAGAUCUUUGGGAUAUACCAGCACCGAACCGACAGUGUCUCGAUAAGUCGAAAGAGGCACCGAUGAUGUGGACAGAUAGUGCAGUCGGCAUUGUCAUCGACUUGUUUCUGGUCGGCCUCCCAAUUUCCGUCAUUUACGCGAAGAUGAAGUUCUCUAUGAAGAUGGUCUAG